AUGGCUGAGGAGCUGUCUCAAGAGCAGGUGGCCGAGUACAAGGAGGCCUUCUCCAGAUUCGACAAGGAUGGGGAUGGUGCCAUCAACGUCCAGGAGCUGGGUGAAGUGAUGCAGAUGUUGGGCAAGAAAUUAUCGGAGGCGGAGCUGAAGGCGCUCAUCGCCAUGGUAGACACAGAUAAUGAUGGUGUUAUCAGCUUCCAAGAGUUCCUGGCAGUGGUGGCCAAAAAGAUGAAGGCCUGGGGCAGUGAGGAGGACCUGAGGGCCGCCUUCCGCGCCUUCGACAUCAACGGUGACGGCCACAUCAGCGUGCAGGAGCUCAAGCAGGCCAUGGCCCAGAUGGGGGAGCAGCUUUCGCAGGAGGAGCUGGAUGCCAUGAUCCGCGAGGCUGAUGUGGACAAGGAUGGGCAGGUGAACUAUGAGGAGUUUGUGCAGAUCCUCACCCAGAAGUAA